CCUACUUCCCCCCUGAUUUCGCAGUUCACUUUUUUCUUGUUUGCCUUAUUUCACAUUUCAGUUUUUCUCUCUCUGACACUUGGCCGAGCCGUGGAGACAGAAGGAAGACCGUCGUGUCAUUGUUCUGAGGAAAAAAAUGGACUUGGAGGGGUACUUUGCAAGGAUUGGUUUCAUUGGCUCGUAUGAAGAACUUGAUCUUGCAACACUGAAGCAGAUCCACAAGCAGCAUGUCAUGUCAAUUCCAUUUGAAAACCUCAGCAUUCACAGUGGUGAGAGAAACAUCAUAGACCUAGAGGUCAUUUAUAAUAAGAUAGUGGUAAGCAAUCGUGGAGGUUAUUGCCUUGAAAACAACCUUUUGUUUGGCUGGGUGCUGAGAGAAAUGGGCUACAACACAACAACGCUGAGCUCCAGAGUUUUCAACAGCGCCCUCAAUGACUUUAACGUGCGUGAAAGCCAUCUCAUCAACAAGAUUGUCAUUGAUGGAAAAUCUUACAUAGCAGAUGUCAGCUUUGGGGUGUCUUCCCAAAUACUGGAGCCUCUGGAGCUCAUCUCUGGAGAGGAGCAACACGGGCCAACAGGGAUCUUUCGUCUCAUUGAUGAGGAGGGUGUCUGGGUACUGGAGAAGACCUGUAGAAAGAAGGUUGUUCGUCCAGAGUUUGCUGAAUCAACCUUGAUCGACAGGAAGCAAACAAAGCAGAUCUAUUGCUUCGACUUGACACCUCGAGAGGCAGAUUAUUUCUUUGAGAUAAACGACAUACUUCAGACAGAUCCUGAUUCACUGUUCACCAAUAAGUCCAUCUGCUCUUUGCAAACACCCACAGGAUUCAGAGCCCUAAUAGGCCUCACCUACAGCGAGGUCACUUUCAAACCUGAGGAAGGGGUUGAUGACGUGGACAUGAGGGACAUAGCAGAAGAUGAGAUAGAGAAAAUUCUGAAGGAAAAGUUCAAUGUGAAGUUGAAGAACAAACUGAAACCUGUAAGCAAUACAGUGAACUACACACUCUGAAAAACAACAACAUAGGGAUAAGGAUUCCAUUUUAUAAAAAGUGAUAUUGAAAGCUGCAUUGCCAUUUAACACUAUGAGAUUGUGAUGCAAAACUCCAGUGGUGCUUAAAAACAGUUACACAUACAAAAAAAACCACACAAUAAAUAAACAGACAUGUCAGAAAGGUAAAACAUUCAAUACACAACAAAAACAUGACUCCUUUUGAUUCAAACCUAUCUUUGUGAAGAUAUUUGGACUCAGUGAGGGCAUUUUUGGCUGCACUUGAUUUUUAAACAUGUAGCAACCUUUAAUCAUUAAAAUGUGAAGUGACACAUUUCCCUGUGGAGUGUCAAAGUCUGAAAAGAAUUAUUACAGGCACUAAAGGUAUGUCAGUUGUUGAGAGUACAUUUUGACACUUUUAUCCGCAUUUAACCUCUGUAACCUCUGCGAUUUGCUGAAUAAAUCUUUCAUCUGAUCUAGCA